UAAUCCAAAUUCCAACCAGAAUGAAAAAUAACAAUAUCCUCAACCACUUGCCCACUAAUGCAAUAACUGUGUGUAUAUAUAAAUAAAAAUAAAAGCUUCCCCUUAGAAGGAAAAUAUCUACGGACAGUUUUUAUCUUUCCCACCAUAUAGAGAAAUUACCUGAGAAAAUAAUGGAGAGCAAGAAAAUGAUGACAGUGGCAGCCAUGGCUAUGGUGUUCAUCUUCCUUUUAUCAGCCAACAUGGACACCGCCGGCGUCGCUGCUCAGGGCGUCAAUUGCUGGGACUCUUGUAACACAGCCUGUGUUGGUCUCCCACCGAGAGAGUAUGAUCGCUGCGAUAGGAAGUGCGGGAUUAGGUGCGGACCAGAUGGCAAAAUUGACGGAAACAUGGGCUGAAAGUGCUAACUAAAAGUACUAACAAAGCUACCAAGGAUUGUCUAUUUGACAAUAAUAAUAAAUUCUUCAUAGUUUGGAAAAUAAAUUGUAGUUACGUGUGUGUAUGUGUAUGUGUAAUUUCACUAUGUAUUGAAAUUAUAGUAGCUAGUUGAAUUUACCAGUCAUCAGAUCAAAAUUUCCAUCUCCA